GCGAGACUCCGUCUCAAAAAAAAAAAAAAAAAAUAAAAAAAAUAAACUAUGGCUACCUGCAACAUUAUGGAUGUAUUUUACAGACAUAAUGUUAAGUGAGAGAUUAUAUGUUACACUACUCCAUUUACAUCAGAUUCAAAAACAGGCAAAAUGAAUUUAUGGAAUCAGAAGUCAGGAUAAUGGUUAACUUGAUGGGGAAGUAGGUGAUGACUGCACAGAGCUUGAGAGAGGAUUCUAGAUACUGCAGAUGUUCUAUAUUUUGAGUUGAGUGGUGGCUACACAGGUGUGCUCAUUUCGUAAAAUUUUAUCAAGCUGUUCAUUUAAGAUCUAUGUACUUCACAGUAUGUAAUUAUAUUUAAAUGAAAAAGUAAAAGAAAAAAUCCUUCCUUUUGAUUACUUAGGAACACCUAAAGUUUAAAUCUGUUGUCAGCCUGACCAUAUAAAAAAUAAAACUUGCCUUACUAAUCAGAUUUUCUCUGUUAUAUAGGAGAUAGACUUGGUAGACUGAGGAAGAAGUUAUAGAUACAUAAAGUUUUUACUGUACAAAGUAUUUGUCUCUCUGCCUCAUGGGAUAAUAAUCAUCAACAGACUGUGAAAUGAUUGUUACAAUAAAGUACUGGGAGCUGUGGAAAACUUAUCAUUAUUUUCCUACAGGGUGCAUAAUUAAUGGGUCAUGUAAGGGAAGGUCCCGACUUAGAGUUGGAUUAUGUAUUAUACUUGCCAAAGUAGUAUGACAAGAGGACUUCAGAAUGAAGUUCAGCAUAUAUUUAGUUGCAAGAGCAACUAUAAAUAUAAGUAGCAUUUUAAUACAAUGGAAAUAAACCUAGGGCUGAAUUGAUAGGUGAAUACAGUAAAAAGUGUAUUGCCUUUAGAAAAGGUAAAGCAAGUGAUAUUCACAUGAUAUAAAUAGUAACACUUUUAGAUAGGAGAUAAUUCUUCCCUAUAUCAAGUUGAGUAGGGCUAUUUUGGGUAUCAUGUGCAGAACGGGUCCUAGAUAGGAUUUUGCUACUGGGAACAUUUGACUCUGGUGCCUUUUUUCUUUGUUUUAAGUACAGAAUGGUAUCAUAUGAAAACAAAACACGAACUUUGGAGUUAGACUGCUAUUAGUUCAAAUUUUGACUCUAUCUUAAGUAGUUUGACUUUGGCAAGUAACUUCUCUGACCCUAAUUUUUUCAUAUUUAAAAUGGGGGUUCUAUCUAACUGGGAUAUUUAAUAUAUAUAUCAAUUUAUCUUUAAAUCUUUGUGUCAGGACUCAAAAUAACUGUAAACACACAAUAAUUUAUUCCACUUAAAAGAAGUCAAGAGAUAGAGAGUCUAGCACUGGUACAUCUGCUCCCUGAAAUGGCCAGCCACUUAGGCUCCAUUUAAACUCUUUAAUCUGCCAUUCUUAGCACAUGAGUUCUAUCCUCAAAGUGGAUGUUGGAGCUCCAAGCCAUCUUCCUCAUUCCAGACAGCAGGAAGGAAGAUGGGGCAUGGGGCAAAAAGUUUAGUUCCCAGUUGAGUUCUCUCUCUUUCAUUUGUCCUAGAAGUCCUGUACAAUACUUCCAUUUUGUUUCUUAUUGGCUAGAACUUAGCGACAUAACCUCAUGUAGCAGCAGCAGGAGACUGGGAAAUGUAGUCUUUUAGCUGGAAUAAAAAUGUGAAUUGGUUACUAAGGAAGAAGUGGAAAGUGAUUUUCGCUGUCAACCAGGAAUCUCAGUCACGAUGUUCUCAAAAAAACUCUUCAUGGCCCCCCUCCUUAUCUUAGCAAAUUCUAUCACUAUCCACCAGAUAGUUUACUCUGAAAAUCUGAGAUUCAUUCACCAAUCCUUUUUUCCCUUCAUUCCCCAUAUCCAAAUUAGCAGCAAUACCACAGUUCUAAAAUACAUCCUGAAAUCGGAACCUUCUAUCACUACUUUUAAAUCCGCAAUUCAAAUCACCAUCGUCUGUCAUCUGGAUUCUUUCAUUUGGCUCCUGAUUGAUUCCCUGCUUCUUGUAUUGCUUUCCACAGAUCAUUGCCUGCACAACAAACAGAAUGAUUUCCUAAAAAAAAAAAAAAAAAAAAAAAAAAAAUUGAGAUUGUAUUGUUCCUUUGCUUAAAGUCCUCCAACAGCUUCCCAUUGCAAUAAAAAUAAAUGUCACCUUCUUAUUUGGCCUAUAAGGCCUGACGUGGUUUGGCUCCUGCCUCUGUAAACUCAUCAUCUACCCCUUGUCCCCAGGUUCUCAUGCUCCAACCACAGUGGCUACCUUCCUGUCCCGCGAAUGUACCAAGAUCCUUCAAACCAAAAAUGUGGUGGAAGAAAGAAAACCGUGUCUUUCAGCAGCAUGCCAUCGGAAAAGAAAAUUAGCAGUGCAAACGACUGCAUCAGCUUCAUGCAAGCUGGCUGUGAGCUGAAGAAAGUCCGGCCAAAUUCUCGCAUUUACAACCGUUUUUUCACCCUGGACACAGACCUCCAAGCUCUUCGCUGGGAACCUUCAAAGAAAGACCUCGAGAAAGCCAAGCUUGAUAUUUCUGCCAUAAAAGAGAUCAGACUAGGGAAAAACACAGAAACAUUUAGAAACAAUGGCCUUGCUGACCAGAUCUGUGAGGACUGUGCCUUUUCCAUACUCCAUGGGGAAAACUAUGAGUCUCUGGACCUAGUUGCUAAUUCAGCAGAUGUGGCAAACAUCUGGGUGUCUGGGUUACGGUACCUGGUUUCUCGAAGUAAGCAGCCUCUUGAUUUUAUGGAGGGCAACCAGAACACACCACGGUUCAUGUGGUUGAAAACAGUGUUUGAAGCAGCAGAUGUUGAUGGGAAUGGGAUUAUGUUGGAAGACACCUCAGUAGAGUUAAUAAAACAACUCAACCCUACUCUGAAGGAAGCCAAGAUCAGGUUAAAGUUUAAAGAAAUCCAGAAGAGCAAGGAAAAACUAACCACCCGUGUGACCGAAGAGGAAUUUUGUGAAGCUUUUUGUGAACUUUGCACCAGGCCAGAAGUGUAUUUCUUACUUGUACAGAUAUCUAAAAACAAAGAAUAUUUGGAUGCCAAUGAUCUCAUGCUCUUUUUAGAAGCUGAGCAAGGAGUCACCCAUAUCACCGAGGAUAUGUGCUUAGACAUCAUAAGGAGAUACGAACUUUCUGAAGAGGGACGUCAAAAAGGGUUUCUUGCAAUUGAUGGCUUUACCCAGUAUUUAUUGUCAUCAGAAUGUGACAUUUUUGAUCCUGAGCAAAAGAAGGUUGCCCAAGAUAUGACCCAGCCAUUAUCUCACUACUAUAUCAAUGCCUCUCAUAACACCUAUCUAAUAGAAGACCAGUUCAGGGGGCCAGCUGACAUCAAUGGGUAUGUUAGAGCUUUGAAAAUGGGCUGUCGAAGCAUUGAACUCGAUGUAAGUGAUGGUUCCGAUAAUGAACCAAUCCUUUGUAAUCGAAAUAACAUGACAACACAUGUUUCCUUUCGAAGUGUCAUAGAGGUAAUAAAUAAAUUUGCCUUUGUUGCUUCUGAAUACCCACUCAUUCUUUGCUUGGGAAAUCAUUGCUCCUUGCUACAGCAGAAGGUAAUGGUUCAACAGAUGAAAAAGGUCUUUGGCAAUAAACUCUAUACCGAAGCACCUUUGCCCUCAGAAUCCUACCUCCCAUCACCAGAAAAAUUAAAAAGAAUGAUCAUUGUGAAAGGAAAGAAGUUGCCUUCUGAUCCAGAUGUGUUAGAAGGAGAAGUUACAGAUGAAGAUGAAGAAGCCGAAAUGUCUCGAAGGAUGUCGGUAGAUUACAAUGGUGAGCAGAAACAAAUCAGACUGUGUAGGGAGCUCUCUGAUUUGGUAUCUAUUUGUAAAUCUGUUCAGUACAGGGAUUUUGAACUAUCUAUGAAAAGCCAAAACUAUUGGGAAAUUUGUUCAUUUAGUGAAACAGAAGCCAGCCGCAUUGCAAAUGAGUAUCCAGAGGAUUUUGUUAAUUAUAAUAAGAAGUUCUUAUCAAGAAUCUAUCCCAGUGCCAUGAGGAUCGAUUCCAGUAACUUGAAUCCACAGGACUUUUGGAAUUGUGGCUGUCAGAUUGUAGCAAUGAAUUUUCAGACUCCAGGUCCAAUGAUGGACCUUCACACGGGCUGGUUUCUUCAAAAUGGGGGAUGUGGUUAUGUUCUAAGGCCGUCUAUCAUGCGAGAUGAAGUUUCUUACUUCAGCGCAAAUACAAAGGGGAUUGUACCUGGGGUGUCUCCUCUAGCUCUUCAUAUCAAGAUCAUCAGUGGUCAGAAUUUCCCAAAGCCCAAGGGAGCUUGUGCCAAAGGGGAUGUCAUAGAUCCCUAUGUGUGUAUAGAGAUACACGGAAUUCCAGCAGAUUGUUCGGAACAAAGAACUAAAACUGUACAGCAAAACAGUGAUAAUCCUAUUUUUGAUGAAACUUUUGAGUUCCAAGUAAACCUACCUGAGCUGGCCAUGAUCCGUUUUGUUGCUCUGGAUGAUGACUACAUUGGGGAUGAGUUUAUAGGGCAAUAUACGAUACCAUUUGAAUGUUUGCAGCCUGGAUAUCGGCAUGUUCCCCUGCGCUCUUUUGUGGGUGACAUCAUGGAGCACGUAACCCUUUUUGUCCACAUAGCAAUAACUAAUCGAAGUGGAGGAGGAAAGGCACAGAAGCGCAGUCUUUCAGUGAGAAUGGGGAAGAAAGUUCGGGAGUAUACCAUGCUCAGGAAUAUCGGUCUUAAAACCAUUGAUGACAUCUUUAAAAUAGCAGUUCAUCCAUUACGAGAAGCCAUAGAUAUGAGAGAAAAUAUGCAGAACGCAAUCGUGUCUAUUAAGGAACUAUGUGGACUCCCUCCAAUUGCCAGUCUGAAGCAGUGCCUGUUAACUCUGUCAUCUCGGCUCAUCACCAGUGACAAUACUCCUUCAGUCUCACUUGUGAUGAAAGACAGCUUUCCUUACCUGGAGCCUCUGAGUGCAAUUCCAGAUGUGCAGAAAAAGAUGCUGGCUGCUUAUGAUCUGAUGAUUCAAGAGAGCCGGUUUCUCAUAGAAAUGGCGGACACAGUCCAGGAAAAGAUUGUACAGUGUCAGAAAGCAGGGAUGGAGUUCCAUGAAGAACUUCAUAAUUUGGGGGCAAAAGAAGGCUUGAAGGGAAGAAAACUCAACAAAGCAACCGAGAGCUUUGCUUGGAACAUUACAGUAUUGAAGGGCCAAGGAGAUCUGUUGAAGAAUGCCAAGAAUGAAGCUUUAGAAAACAUGAAGCAGAUCCAGCUGGCAUGCUUGUCCUGUGGACUGAGUAAAGCCCCCAGCAGCAGUGCUGAGGCCAAGAGCAAGCGCAGCCUGGAAGCCAUAGAGGAGAAGGAAAGCAGUGAGGAGAAUGGGAAGCUGUGACUGGGCAUUAUUGACACGUUCACCCAUCUUAUCAAGGACUCUGGUUUCUCAUUCUUGUUUUCUUUUUUUAAAUGUUUUAGAAGUUCACAAAAUCAUGCCCUCUAUGGGGUAUUGGAUAUAGAUAUUUUCACAAUGUCAGUAGUUUAGUGUAGUUAAUUUAUCUAAAUUAAAGCCUUUAGUAUCAGUAUUUUAAAUUCUGAGACAAGUGUCAACACCCCUGUGUGGAUGCCUGUGGAAGAGGGUGUGUGUGUGUGUGUGUGUGUGUGUGUGUGUGUGUGGGUGUGUGUGGCAGAGAGAGAGAGAGAGAGAAAUUCUGUUACAAUGUAUUCCAUGUUGCAUUAUUCAUUUAGUGAGUUAUUCCUUGAUCAUUUUGGGACAAUUGUGUUCAUCUGAAAUUCUGAAGAGCACUUACUGUAACCUGUCGCUGUGUUUAAUUUUACUUCUCUGCCUUUGACAUUUAAUUUAGUGAUCAUAGCAUAGUUUAUUAUUGAAGGAAGCCAAAUUUAUCAAAGCAUAGAUGUUUUGGUAGAUUAAAUAUAGAUUAGAAAAAUUCCUAAGAAUCAGAGUAGAAAUAAAAGUGAUUGAAAGAUUAAACAGAUGAUCAGAAUUUCUAGAAAGAUUAGCAAAGUCAUUUCUUCAGUUAGAAAACUUUAAAAAAUAUUUAUUAAAUAAAAUCAAAUUUUAGGAAGUUUUCUGUAGUCAUUUACUAAGCAUAUUAUUUCACUAGAAAAGCUGAUCAUAGGUGAAUUUAUACCUACCUGUGUGGUACUCUGAAACACACUGAAAGCUCUGUUGCAAUUAGGAUUUUGAUGUGACAAUAAUAUUGUUGUAUAAUUUCAAGAUUUGUAGGAAGGUCUCAUUCUUCCAAACUGAGAGUCUAGCACUCAUUUUCUGUAACAGAUAUGGCAGCUUAGAGGUCUUGGCUUUAUUUGUUUGUAAUUUAGGGUACUAAAUUUAAAUUUAAAGAUAUUGUUCAAAGAAUAUCAUGUCAUCACAUUGAGCUGAUAUAAAUUCUGUGGGUCAGAUAAUAUCUUUGUGAUAAUUGAAGAACUAACCAUUUACCAAAUAUCUAUGAUAUAACCCUAACACACACAGAAAAGCAUAUGUGCAAAAAGAAAUGACAAAUUAGGGUACAUUUAUAAUCGCAUCUAGAUAAUUUUUACCCUAAUGUCUUCAUAAAGUACUUGAGUGUAAUGUUUGUUACCUCCAACAGAACUAGAUGUUCUAUGGUUAUGAAAGAAUAUAUUUAUUUAAAACAUUGCUUUUAUUUUGAAAAGCUUCUUAAUUAAUUUGAUUAACAAAUAUGCUAAUUUGGGGAAACCUAGAGAAGAUAAUUGUUGAAAUUUUGCAAAUAUAAACAUCUCCUAUAGCUUCUGUGUUAAGUUAUUUCUGACUUCUUAACACUAUUACGUUCAUGUUGCACAUUACUGAAAGAGUAAAGAUAUGAUAAAAACACUUAUUGUUUUCUUUUAUUGCAAAUUGAAAAAGCAAAGCUAAUGAAAAUGAGUUACUACAUCAAAAAUAUCUUAAAGAGUUUGCUAUUUCCAUGGACCAGAUAUGAUGAAAUUAUUCCCUGGGUUUAAAACUGGGCACUCGAGGAGGAGGUACCUGAAGUCAUUUGAAGGCAAGUUUCCAAUGAUACUACAAUGACCUGAAAAAAUUUCUUUACCCUCUAUUAUAUUUAACUUGCUGGUGGGAGGAAUAGUGGAAUGCAGUUCUUAAGCCCUUUGCGGUGAAAAAGAGGUUCUAAAGACAGAAACAAAACCCACCUCACAUCAGCUGAUUGGUUGAUUUUACUAGUGUACCUCUUCAUCUACUUGAAUUCCAUUUGGUAAAUCCAUGUCUUUACUGGAUAUACGGUUAGGUGGGAAGAGAAGAUAAAGGAUGGCAAAUGCUCAAACGAUAUUUAUACAUUUAUUUACUCCAGAGUCAAAUCCAAUCCUUGGAAGUAGCUUCCCUAGUUUAUUUUAUUUGUCCUAGAGCUCUACUCACACUUAGGACCUACCCAACACUUCUCGAAAACAUAACAUGGAUUCUGCCUCAUCUGAUGCUACUGCUGGCAGUGGGUCGUCAGCCAUACUCUGCUUCAUUCCACUGGAUGUCCUUGCUAGAUGAGGAGUGAGAUGUGGAGCAAGGAGGAGCUUUGGAUUCUGGGAGUGGAGCAGUGGCAAGGGAAAAGUCUAGCCUCCUGUGAUGUUGCUGUCUCCAGAUAGAAUAGCAAAAACAAACAACGUUUUUGUGUGUGUAUUAUGCCUCCAUGACAUUGUUACAUUCUAUGAGGAGCAUCUGCCUCCUUUCUAGACUUGAACUGUGGUAGAAAAAGCCCCCUUCUCUCUUCUAUCUACUUAGAUUUGGUGAUGCUAGGAACGUAGUGUUUUAGAUAUUAAUUCUAUUUUUAUUUAUUCAUAUUUACAUCACCAAUGGGAUCUGAGGUGGUGAUGACAGGUAUUAUCACUGGCAUUUUACAGGUGAGAAAGCCCAAGGCCAUUGAGGUAUAAAUGGAAUAACUGAUUUUGAACUCGGGUCUGUCUGAUUUCAUGUGCAAGAUUAUAUACUUAGUGAUUUUGAUUUUAAAUUUAUUCUCAACAUUUUAAACCAGACUAUUAACUCUUACCUUUAUAACUACAGAUACAAAGAGCUGUAUCAUUUAUUUUCUGAAUAUAAAAUAUCAAUGGUCAAUAUAAAAAUACAAAAAUAGAGAACUAUAUACAACAGAAAAGCAAAAUUACCCACUAUUAACAUUUUGAUUUAUAUCCGUUUAGACACUGUUUAGAGUUUAUACAUACAUGUAAAUAUGCUUUUAUUUUAACAAAAUUGAGAUAUUAUAUAAACUGUUUGUAGCAGGGUGUUUAAAAUUUUAACAAUGUGUUAUGGAUAUCUUUCUAUGUCAAUAAAUGUGUAUUUACAUUAGAGUUCCAAGCCUUUGAAC